UCCUGGCGGCCCAUUCUUGCGUAACGUAAAAAAAGUUCACCUUGAUGUUUGGACGGUAAACCCCGACAUUAACUUGUCCGUUGAUCUUGAUUUUCUUUCUUUUUUUAGUUUCUCUUGCUGACAUUGACUAAACUCUUUAUCUAAGCCACUCCUUUUUCGAGUUGCCAUAGCAAAGACGAAUGCGUUUGGUCGUUAGGUACGGACGCUUGUUUUUGACAAGAUGGCAAACAAAUUUCAAGGCAAGCGAGAUGCCAAUUCUGCCGAGCAUCCGUUGCCAACGCCUAGCAUGGAAUGUCCUUUUAACAAAUUAGCAACCGAAGCUUUCUUGGUCUUUGACGAAGCCCAUAACGAAACGGUUGACGUGCGAGAAGUUGGGACCAUCAUUCGCUCGUUGGGAUGUUGUCCUUCCGAGUCGGAAUUGCAGCAUUUAGUGACGGCCAUGGAAGAGGAUGGAACAACUCAGUUUGUAACUCUUCAAAAGUUCGUGCCUACAGUGAGUAGUGUGUUGCAACAAAAAAGGUUCCAAUCAGCCACCGAAGAUUUGAUUCUGCGCGCUUUCCAAACAUUGGAUUCUGAAAGGAAAGGGUUUUUAACCCGAAAAGAACUCGAAUCUUCGUUGACGGGCAGCGGGGAGCCAUUUUCUUCCGACGAAAUGGAAGAAAUGUGGACAGCAAUCAAAGCACUGCGAUGCCCGUCAGACUUGGACCGUACCCUGCCACCGGACGCUUUUGAAUACAGCGUCUAUGCAAAAUACAUGAUGAAAUAGCGUCUUCCGACAAAAGAA